AUGAGCUCCCGGGAAAUCCCAGCCCCGCUCCCGGGGCGCUCCCGGCGCUCUCCCGCCCCGGUGGGCCCCACCCCUCCCAGGCGCCGUUGCCGCUUUAAGGCUCCCCUCGGGCGCGCGCUUCCCGCGGUUCAGCGCUCGGCCUCCGCCCCGCCCAAGGGGCGUGGUCACCUCCCAGCACAGCCAAUAGGAAGUUGCUCUUUCUGUGACGUCAUCGCGGCGCCGACGCGCUAUGGCGUACCCGGUGCAGGGAAUGCCCCCCCAGGGGUGGAUCCCGAGGCGUUUUCCUGGUUCCAGACCGUGGAUACGGAUCACAGCGGGUUCAUCUCCGUCAAGGAGCUGAAGCAGGCGCUGGUCAACAACAACUGGUCCUCGUUCAACGAUGAGACCUGUCUGCUCAUGAUCAACAUGUUUGACAAGACGCGGUCGGGGCGCAUCGACGUCUACGGCUUCUCCGCCCUGCUCCGCUUCGUCCAGCAGUGGAGGAGCCUCUUCCAGCAGUAUGACAGGGAUCAAUCCGGCUCCAUCAGCUUCAGCGAGCUCCAGCAAGCUUUCUCCCAGAUGGGUUACAACCUGAGCCCCCAGUUCAGCCAGCUGCUGCUGGCCCGGUAUGCCCAGCGUUCCCCCAAUCCCAGCAUCCAGCUGGACCGGUUCAUCCACAUCUGUAUGCAGCUGCAGAGCCUCACCGACGCCUUCCGGGAGAAGGACACGGCUCUGCUGGGAAAUAUCCGCCUCAGCUACGAGGAUUUCCUGGCCAUGGUGGUGACCCGCAUGCUGUGACAUUCCCCACUCCAAAGUUUGGGAAUUCUGGAGCUCUCCAGGAGCUUCAGCCAUCCUCAUCUUCCCUCUGGGAUGUGGCUGAGCCUCCUCUCUGCUCCCAAGAGUUCCCCCCAACCCCGGGGCCAAAUUUCCAGCUUGAUCCACCCCAAAUCCUGCUGGGUUGGAUUUCUUGUGUCCAUCCUGUGGGAGCCAAACCGGGACAGCCAAACCAGCUUAGAUCCCAAAUUCCAGCUU